GCUCUUUCGACAUGGAGCAAAUGCUGUCAUCGCACUGAGACUGCAUCAACCCGUCGGAUAUGAUGUGCGCUUCUCAUGGACCUCUGAUGGCAUGAUUGACCGGUCCUGUGCGGUCCCGGGCCGUUACAGGCACCGUGCGGAGGUCGACGCCGGGACCGGGCAUCACCCUCCACUAUUAAACACCACACAUCCUCAUCCUCAAGCAUCUAUACUUACUAUUAUUCUCCAGAUCUACUAAGUACACUUCACCUGACAAGCCUUGAUUCCAACAAUGCCAGCCAGCGAGCCCAUCGAAGAGGAACCCGUCACCGCAACCCUCUGCGACUGGGUCACCUCCUUACAAGCCACCGACAUCCCCCCCCAUGUCCUCCAACGAGCCAAACAUCUCAUCCUCGACGGUCUGGCCUGUGGUCUCGUCGGGGCCCACGUGCCGUGGUCGGAGAAAUGCCUCGAUGCAAUUGACAGUUACGAGCCAGCCGGCUACUGCAGUGUCCUGGAUUCCUCCAAGCAAUACGGCCCCCUCGCCGCAGCCAUCCUCAACGGGGCCUACAUCCAAGCCGUCGAACUAGACGACUACCACAGCGCCGCCCCGCUCCACUCCGCGAGCGUCAUCCUCCCCGCCCUCUUCGCCGCCGCCGAAGUACACUCCCAGGACAGCCAGAGGCAACCACCCCCGGACAGCCCGCAACCACCACCACCCCACCGCCCCCGCAUUUCCGGCCGAGACUUCCUCAUCGCCGCCAUCGUCGGCUUCGAAACCGGGCCCCGGGCCGGAGCCGCCAUGUACGGGGCCGACCUCCUCUCGCGGGGGUGGCACUCCGGCCCGAUCUUCGGCUGUCCAGCCGCGGCGGCGGCCGCCGCGAAACUCCUGGGCCUCAGCUGCGAAGCCACCGAGUCCGCCAUCGGCAUCGCGUGCACGCAGGCCGGGGGGCUGAUGGCGGCGCAGUACGAGGGAAUGAUCAAGCGGGUGCAGCACGCGUUCGCGGCGCGGAAUGGGCUGUUCGGGGCGCUGUUGGCGCGGAACGGGUACCUGGGGAUCACCAAGGUGUUCGAACGGCCGUAUGGGGGGUUCCUGGCGAUGUUCAGCCAGGGGAAUGGCCGGCAGCCGGCGUACCAGCUCGAUCGGGUGACGGCGGGGCUGAGUCAGGUGUGGGAGACGAUGCACAUUCGCGUCAAGCUGCAUGCGUGUGUCGGAGGGUGUCAUGGGCAGGUGGAGGCGAUUGAGCAGUUGCAGCGGGCGUAUCCGGCGCGGUUUGCGCGCGAGAGGCUCGGCCAGGUGCGAAGGAUUUGCGUCGCGCUGUCCGAGCCGGUCUUCGCGCACGACGGGUGGGCGCCGACUGUGCGGCCGCUCACGGCGACCGGGGGGCAGAUGAAUGCGGCGUAUAUCGGGGCGGCGCAAUUGGUGUAUGGGCAGGUGCUGUUGGAGCAGUUCGAGGCGGCGGCCUUGGAUGAUGAUCUGGUGUGGGAGCUGAUCCGCAAGACCGAGUGUGUGCAUAGCGAGGAGUUUGAUCGGCCCGAUCAUCUCUGUGGCGCCCGCGUCGCUGUCGAGUUCGCCGACGGGGAGCGCGUCGAGCAGACGGUGGCGAUGCCCCGGGGGUUCGACCCUCCCAUCACGGACGAGGAGAUCCAGGCAAAGUGGCAGAAGCUGGUGCAGACCCGCGGAGAUUCGCAUCGCAUGCAGCGUCUGGAGGAGCUGGUGCUCUCGUUGGAGCAGCUGGAGGAUAUUUCUGACCUUCUCGCCUUGAUUCGGGGGUGAUUCGGGUGCAGCCAACGAUCAGUGAGUACC